AUGUACCAAGCAGCCACUGUGAGCUUAGCUCACCAGCGUCAGUUGCGCCUGCUUAAUGCUCUACGCGCCAACAAAAAGCCUAUUAUGACCUUCCUGGGUCUCCCAUCCUUCCGAACAGCUCAGGUGGUAGCACAAACCGGCAUCGAUGCCAUCAUCAUUGACUGCGAGCAUGGCUACAUCAGUGACGAUUCCAUGCACAGUUCCACAGCCGCCAUAGCGGCCCUGGGCGUUUCGCCACUCGUCCGGCUUAGAAUGACGCACUCAGACCUGAUAAAAAGAGCUUUGGAUGCCGGUGCGCACGGUAUCGUCAUCCCCCAAAUCAACACCGCUGAAGAAGCAAAAGCCGUUGUUUCCCAUGCAAAAUUCCCGCCUCAUGGGACUCGCGGCCAGGGAUCCGCGUUUCCAGCGCUGACGCACGGCAUCGACCUCCCGACAUACCUAAAAACCGCCAAUGAAACACUCAUUACCUGUCUUCAAAUCGAAACAAAGGCCGGGGUUGAGAACAUCGACGCUAUCUGUGCUGUACCUGGCGUUGAUAUGAUUUUCAUCGGGCCGAACGAUCUUGCUCUGUCGGUACUAGGGUAUGUUCCUGCAAAGGGGGAUGAACCUGAAUUUGUUCAGGCUAUUGAGAAGAUUGUGGCGACAGCCAGGCGGCAUGGCAAAUGGAUCGCUCGGUUAUCAAAUGACGGUCCCUCGUGCAAGGAGCACCUUGAAGUCUUUGACACAGUAGCCAUGAGCUAUGAUAUCCGGGCGCUUCAGAAUUGGUACAUGGCUGAGUUGCGAGUAGCGCGCUCAUGA